AAAACCAUUGAGGUCGGUUUGGCGAACAAAGCGUUGAACUCUCUCCCAGUUACCUCUUCCUUUCUUCUUCAGUUACAAGAAACACAGACAUAUCGGCAGAUCCGAAUGGCGCCUGAGCCCGAAGAUGAUUUCAAAGACGAGAAGAAUCCUCGUCCGCUCGAUGAGGAUGACAUUGCACUUCUUAAAACUUACGGUUUGGGUCCCUAUUCUACAAGCAUCAAGAAAGUAGAGAAAGAAAUUAAGGAAAUGGCUAAGAAAGUCAAUGAUUUAUGCGGUAUCAAGGAAUCUGACACUGGAUUAGCUGCACCAAGUCAGUGGGAUCUAGUAUCUGAUAAGCAAAUGAUGCAGGAGGAGCAGCCUCUGCAGGUGGCAAGAUGCACGAAGAUCAUCAAUCCAAACACUGAAGAUGCCAAGUACGUUAUAAAUGUUAAGCAAAUUGCUAAGUUUGUUGUUGGGCUGGGUGACAAGGUUUCCCCGACUGACAUAGAAGAAGGCAUGCGUGUGGGGGUUGAUCGCAAUAAAUAUCAGAUCCAGAUUCCCUUGCCUCCAAAAAUUGACCCAAGUGUGACCAUGAUGACAGUUGAGGAAAAGCCUGAUGUGACCUAUAAUGAUGUUGGUGGAUGCAAGGAGCAGAUUGAAAAGAUGCGAGAAGUUGUUGAGCUGCCCAUGCUUCAUCCUGAGAAAUUUGUGAAGCUUGGAAUUGAUCCUCCCAAGGGUGUUCUCUGCUAUGGUCCUCCAGGAACAGGUAAAACACUUUUAGCUAGAGCAGUGGCUAAUAGAACUGAUGCUUGCUUCAUUCGUGUUAUUGGGAGUGAGCUUGUUCAGAAAUAUGUUGGGGAGGGUGCUCGAAUGGUUCGAGAACUAUUCCAGAUGGCACGUUCAAAAAAGGCUUGUAUUGUAUUUUUUGAUGAAGUUGAUGCCAUAGGAGGUGCACGUUUUGAUGAUGGUGUUGGUGGAGACAAUGAGGUUCAGCGUACAAUGCUUGAAAUUGUGAAUCAGCUUGAUGGUUUUGAUGCUCGUGGAAACAUCAAAGUUCUAAUGGCUACAAAUAGGCCUGACACCCUAGAUCCUGCUCUUCUACGUCCUGGACGAUUGGAUCGUAAGGUUGAAUUUGGCCUUCCUGAUCUGGAGAGUAGGACGCAGAUAUUUAAGAUCCACACACGAACAAUGAACUGUGAAAGAGAUAUCCGAUUUGAACUUCUGGCCCGGCUUUGCCCAAAUUCCACCGGAGCCGACAUAAGGAGUGUGUGCACAGAAGCUGGAAUGUAUGCUAUCCGAGCACGGAGGAAGACUGUGACAGAGAAAGACUUCCUUGAUGCUGUGAACAAAGUCAUCAAGGGAUACCAGAAGUUUAGUGCAACGCCCAAGUACAUGGUCUACAACUGAGCAUUGCUGUUAUGCUUCUUUCCCUAAGAAAAAACCUUGAAAGCACUUGCCACACAUUUUGAAGUGGGGAUGAUAUGAACCACCUGGUUCAUUUCAGGGCUGUUACAGUUAACAUUUGGAACUUGCAUCUGCUCGGACUAUAUAAUUGUUCUCAUGCUGCAUAAAUUAUUGGCGACCUAUACUUGUGUAGGUUUUGCCCUGUCAAAGUUGUGAAAGUGUAUCAAGCUAUGUUUUAUGAUUUUUUUGCCAUUCGAUCGACGUCUGAGGAAUGGCCGUAACCUA